AUGGCAGCCCUGAUAGAGAAACCUCUCGGUUUGUAUGUCGCACAACAAAACACGGGGAUCCUCGAUGUUUCUUUCAAUCCGGACUUGGGGGCAAAUGACUCCUUGUCGAUUCUGGCCACGAUCGAGGCAGGAACGCAACCUCAGUGGUUCGCAGAGUACAACGACAACAUCUAUUCAGUCAGUCGCACCGGCUUCCCCGAUAACUCAUCAACCUCGGGUGGUAUCUUUGCCUUCAAGCGAUCGCCUAAGCCUGCACAAGGGUCAGAUUCUUUAAUCCUUUUUGACACCGAAACCAGCCAUGGCCAAGGAGGUGUCCAUUGCGAUGUCAACCACGAUGGCACUAUCAUCGCCGCAGCUAACAUUGAAGGAUCAAGCAUGGCGGUCUAUCCCCUCAAGCCUGACGGCUCAAUCGGUGCGGCGACGUACACAGUUCAGUAUACGCUGAAGGAGCCGGGCCCUGGAGCUGGGACUAGUCAGACGGAGCCUUAUCCCCAUGAGGCAGCCUUUGAUCCUACUGGAAAAUUCCUAUUUGUCCCAGCUCGAGGCGAAGAUCGAGUACAUGUUUACUCGGUUCCAGCUGCAAAUAAAGUCCGUCAACUUGAUGACAUCGUUGUCCCUCCCGGAACUGGCCCUCGACAUACAGCUUUUCGACCCAAUGUCGCUGGCAAAAACUAUUUAUACGUCCUCGGUGAAUUAGAUAAUACUAUUCGAGUCUACACCAUCGACUACAGUCAAGCGGUUCAUCAGAAGCUGAACUUUACGCUUCAUCAAACAAUUUCUACACUCGGGCUUGGGCUUCCACCCACUCCUCCGAACCGCGCCAGCCUGGCCUCCGAGGUGGCAUUCACCUCCGAUGGAAAGUUCGCUUAUGCCUCCAAUCGCAACACUACCGGGGCCGAAAGUGACACAUUUGCUGUCUACACGAUCAAAGAUACAGACCCUGCCAACCACUUGACAUAUAUCCAUCUCGAGAAGACACUGGGCAAGAUUCCACGUCAUUUCGCGCUCUCUCCGGACAAGAACAACCGCUACUUGGCCGUAGCAAAUGAAUACAGCAAUGAUCUUGUCGUGUUCGAGAGGGACGAGACGAGUGGCUUGAUGAAAGGAGUCAAGGGCCGGUUGAAGUUAGGUGAUGCUUUGUUUGUCGCUAGAAAUGGUCCUGCUUGCAUGUUGUGGAAGUAGACUAGAUAAAAGCAACUCACAGUCAAUUAGUCUCGAGGUAGAGAU